UUUUCAUCAAAACAAAGUGACUUAAUUCUGAUGGUAAAUAUACACUUUGAAGAGCAAUUGCAACUUCUUUUAAAACUGUUGGCUCCAUUGGAUUACCCAGUCCACUCAAUAAGAUUAUAUUUAAAAAAAUAUGGCUAGUGAUAUUUGGCGAGUAUCAAAUGCUCAAAAUAAGUGCAGUGAACUCGUGCUGUUGCUGAGACCCAUCGUCAUAACUUGGUGGCUCUCAACAAUUCUCCUUCAACAUCAUCAUAGCCAAGCAGCAUCCCAAACUGGACCUUCACCGGAUUUUAGCACAUACAAUUUGGUGAAGCCACGAUUUUUUCAUGGACGAACGAAACGAGAAAUAUCACAAACGAAACAAAAUGAUGUUGAACAUGCAGAUGUACUUAGUGUUGGUAUUGUUAUUGAUGGAGUUGAAAGGAUACUUGAUCUUCGACUAAAUACUGAUUUAAUACCAGUACAAUACAAACACACAAUUCAAGUUAAAGGAAAACGUAUUACAGAAAAACCAGAUCACAUGGAACAUUGUUAUUAUAAAGGAAGUAUCAGAGAAAUACCAGAUUCUUGGGUUGCUGUAUCAACAUGUAGUGGUCUUCGAGGUACUAUUUUUGAUGGUGAAAAUAUGCAUCAUAUACAUUCAUCAGAAAAUGAAUCACUCAACAGUACUCAUUAUCUUUAUAAACAAACUGAUUUAACAGCAAAUCACACAUGUGGAUAUGAAGGAAAUCCACACAAGGUCAAUACACCACGAGUAAAUCCUAGGGUUCAUCGGAAUAAAAGAGCAGCAGAAGAAGUUCGAGGUCCUUAUAAUGCAAAUCGACAAUCUCGUUAUGUUGAAUUGGUUAUUGUUAUUGACAAAAAAGAAUACAUUGCAUUGGGCCAAGAUUUAAAAAAAGUUCAUCAUCAUUGCAAAGACAUUGCAAAUAUUAUAAAUGCUCUUUAUACACAACUUAAUAUAUUUAUUGCACUUGUUGGUGUUGAAGUAUGGACUGAAACUGAUGCAAUAACAUUAUCACAAAAAGGUGAUACAACACUUCAAAAUUUUUUACGUUAUCGUAGACAAAUACUUGUUAAAUCAAUGCCAAAUGAUAACGCACAAUUGUUAACACGAGUUCAUUUUGAUGGUGGUGUUGUUGGUAAAGCACUCAAGGGACCAAUUUGUACUUAUGAAUAUUCUGGUGGUGUAUCAAUGGAUCAUUCAAAUGUGAUUGGUUUAGUUGCUGCAACAGUUGCACAUGAAAUGGGACAUAAUUUUGGUAUGGAACAUGAUACUGAUGAUUGUCAAUGUCCAGAUGAUAGAUGUAUUAUGGCAUCAUCAAGUGGUUCAAAAAGUCCAACUCAUUGGUCUUCAUGUUCAUUGGAAUAUUUAGCUCUUGCAUUUGAGCAUGGAAUGGAUUAUUGUCUUCGUAAUAAACCAAAAAAAUUAUUUGGUAGUUCAAUAUGUGGUAAUGGUUUUGUUGAAUCUGGUGAACAAUGUGAUUGUGGUCUAUUAAAUAAUUGUGAUAAUCCAUGUUGUAAUGCAACAACAUGUAUGUUACAUUCAAAUGCAAGUUGUGCAACUGGUGAAUGUUGUGAUUUAAAUACAUGUAAACCUAAAAAUGCUGGUACACAAUGUAGAUCAUCAAAUCAUGAAUGUGAUUUACCAGAAUAUUGUACUGGAUCAAGUGAAUAUUGUCCAAAUGAUGUAUUUAAAAUUGAUGGUGAUAGUUGUAGUAAUGGAAAAGCAUAUUGUUAUCAGGGUACAUGUAAAACACAUACUGAUCAAUGUAAAUUAUUAUGGGGACCAACAGCAUGGUCAUCUGAUAAACAAUGUUAUGAUACAAAUUCAAAAGGUACAAAAUAUGGUAAUUGUGGUUUUAAUAGAUUAGAAUCAAUAUAUACUAAAUGUGAAGAUGAUGAUAAAUUAUGUGGUAUGUUACAUUGUGGUCAUUAUAAUGAAAAACUUGAAUUUGGCAUGGAAUCUGUUGCAAAUUUAAGUCAUACAUUUAUUAAUGCUGGUGGUUCAAUAAUUGCUUGUCGUUCAGUUAUUGUUGAUUUAGGAUUAAAUCAAGUUGAUCCUGGUCUUGCACCAGAUGGCUCAAAAUGUGCUACAGGAAAAAUGUGUGUUAAUCAAAAAUGCAUAUCAAUUGCUAAUCUUAGAUCUCGUAUUAAUAAUGGUGAUAUUUGUCCAAAUAAUUGUGGAGGUAAUGGAGUGUGUAAUAGUCUUGGACAUUGUCAUUGUAAUAAAGGUUUUAAACCUCCUUAUUGUACUGAAUCUGGUUAUGGUGGUUCUGAUGAUAGUGGUCCUUCUGAAGAUCCAAAUGAACAUAAUGCAUUUACUAUGACCAUGUAUAUUAUAUUUUAUGGCAUUUUACCAACGAGUAUUUUGCUUUAUCUUGCUUGGUGGAUUAAAAAUAAUAAUAUUAGAAGACCAACAUGGAAAAAGGACGCAAUAUCAACACUUGACUGCGGUUUCACAAUCAAACCAGUUGAUCGUUCACGGGGCAGUCCUCAUCAUGGAUUAUCUCGCAACAUUGAAACAAUUGAUUCAAGUUUAUCCCAAGAUCCUGCGUGUGCAAGUCUAUUACCAAAAUCUGACAAUGAUGAACGUUUCAACAAUAAUUUAUUUGGUCAAUUUAAAGGUUUUACAUUAACACCCUUGCCAAAUUCCCAUCAAUCAACAACACAAAAACUCAUGGAACCAACAAAAUCAGCUCCUCCACCCCCAACAAUACCCACUGUUGUUAUUCAAACAAAUAUUAAAACAGCACAACGUAGUAGUUCUUUAAAAAGUGCUGCUUUAAUGUCACAACCAUCAUCAUCAUCAUCAUCAUCAUCAUCAAAUAAUAAUGAUGCAAUUGUACAAUCAUUGAAUCAAAAUAAUUCAAGACCAUUAAUAAGCAGUCCAGUUCUUGCUGCUACAACUUGUACAUCAUUGGAACUUAUUGUUGGUGGUAAAAUACCAACAAGACCAGCACCUGAAGUACCAGUUAGACCACCAGAAACAUUAAAUGCAUCAUCAAUAUCAUUAUCAUCACAGCCAAAUAAUAUUGUCAUUGAAAAUGAUCAUCAUCAUAAAAAAAUUAACAAAGAUAAUAAUAAAUUCAUGUCAUUAAAUAGAAUUGCAUCAAUGCUAAGACCAUCUGGAAUUGUUAGAUCAAUUUCACAACCAGCUAAUAGUAAUAGUAAUAAUAUCAAUUCACAACAAAAAUUAACAAAAGCAAUUGAUAAAGAAAUAUUAAAAAAUCUUAAAAUAUCAAAUCCAAUAUUACAAAAUGACAUUAAUUUAAAAUCAUCAGCUCUGCCAAUUGUAAAUUCUGAUGAAAACUUAAAUUGUCAACGUAAAAAUGUUUUAAUGCGAGCACAAUCAAUGAGAGAUCAUGGAAUAAAUAAUAAACGACCAAUAAUACAUAGUUUUGGAUCAAUGAGAGUUGGUAAUAAAAGACCAAUAAGUAUACCAGCAAGUACAAGACCAACAUCACCACCACCACCAAUUCCACCAGGUGCAUUUGAUAAAACAAUUGAUCAACAUAAAAUACCUGGAUUACCUGGCUAUCAAACACCACAAAUUAAAGUUUCAGCUAAAAAAUUAACAGAAGAUACUUAUGAUGAUUGUAUGAAUCUUGCACAAGACUCUGGACUCACUAAAAUCAUAGAAGAAUCACCAUCAAAUGAUAAUAUUUAUGCAGUUAUUGAGGAGCCAAUUACUGCAAAAUUAAAUACAACAUCUAGCCAAGUUAAUGAAUACAAAGUACCAAAACCAGUUGAAACAUCAAUUUAUUCAGCAUCAACACUUGAUAAAAAAAAGGGAGAUAAAAAAGUUAUUGAUAAUUUGCCAAUAAACAAUUCAUCAGGUAAUUAUGCAAAUACAAAUAAUUAUAAAACACCAGAAAGUAUUUAUUCAAAUGCAUCAUCAGUUAAAUCAAAUUCAGCUGUAUCAGAAACAAGUUCUGGAUAUCUUUUGCCAUCAGCUGUUAAUGUACCAAUUGCCACUACUAAUGAUAAAUCACUUGCAUCAGUACAUCAAACAAAUGUACGAAAGCCAGUAGAUAAUUUAACUUCAACAAAAACUGCAAAAUCAUUGAUAAUAAAUUCACAAAAAUUACCAGUUAAAUUAAAAGAUGAUGAAAAUAUAAAAACAAAUGAUGAAUUGUCAAAAGUUGUUGAUGAAGUGAAAACAAUUAAAAGUCCAACAAAAGAAUCAUCUUUGAUUUUAUCAAAACAAAAUAUUAUCAAAAAAGAGCCAAUAACAAAACCACCAUUGAGUAGAACAAAGACACCACCUCAUAUUAAUAAAAAUUUAAUUAAAAAUGAGAAAGAUGAUAAAGUUUCAAAGACACCUGAUCAACCAACAACAAAAACAGUUCGUCAAGGAUCUGAUACAAGUUUAAAAUCAAAUAAAAGUCAGAGUAAUAAAGAACGACGUGAUUCAACUGGUUCAAUAACAAAAAAUGUGCCUUUAACAACAUUUAAAAAUAAAAAUAAUAGUCCAGAUGUUGUUUCAAGUUGUUCAAAAAAUCCAAAAACAUCAGAAUCACCAGAUGUACUUGGUAACAGUGGUAAAUUAUUAUUACAACAACAAAAAAAUCAAAAAACAAAAUUAAAUAAAGCUCCAAUAAUGCCAUCAAAACCAGGUAGCAUUUUAACAAAAACAUCAACAUUUAAUGAACGUAAAAAAUCACCAGUUGCUAAUAAUAAUAUUGUUAAAUCAUUAACAACAAAAGAUGAUGUUAAAUUAUUAAUUAAAAAUGAUGGAAAAUUAAAUUUAGCUAGCAAAACAAGUGUUGCAACUUUGCAACAAAAAUUUGAACAACAAAAUAAAAUUGCAACAAUAAAUUCAAUUAAAAAUAAUAAUAAUAUUGUUCGUAAAACAAAUUUAAAUAAAUAAAUUUAAUUUAUUUAUAUUUUUUUAAUUUAAAACAAAAUAUAUAGAUAUCUAGUCUGAAUGAAUUUUAAAAAAUUCAAUUCAUUUGUAAAUAAAAAAUAUAUAAAUAAUGUCAGAUAAAUUUUUGAAUAUAAAAAAUAGUAAAUACAAGUAGCAUUUAUUUUUAAAAGUUCAAAAAUUAAAAAUUAAUAAUCAUUCAACACCUGUGAUAACGCGUACACUUGUUAGAAAUAAUAAUAUUUCGAUGAUAGAUUUAAAAUUCAAAAUAUAACUGUUCAACUUCCUGCCACGUUUGAUGAUUAAUCUGAUGAUUAUUAUAAAAUAUAUAUAUAAAAUUAAAUUGUUGCUACUAGCUAAUAAUUAUUCCAAUGUGUAGAAAAUGUGUCCAUGUUCAUUUACCAAAUAGUAAUAAAAUUAAAUAUACUGGUAGCUCAUUACUUUAGCUCAUGAAGAAAAGAAAUAAUUAUUUCUGCGAGAAAUUUAUUCGAAAUUUAGCUAAAUAAUUGAAUGAUUAUUUUUUUUAAUUAAUAGGCUUAUCUAGGCAGUCUAAUUUCGUGUGUGUGUAUGUGUGUGUAAAUUUAAUUUAUUUAUUUUGACUGAAUGAUGUAACAGAAAAAUUUAAAGAAUUUUUUUACAGUGUGUUCAAUGUGAUACUUGAAAAAGUUUAGCUUUCAAAGUUUCAGUAAAAUUAAAUUAAUAUAUUAAAUAUUAUAGAAAAUAUUUUGCUCUAAAUAGAUUUAUGUCUAUUUUUAAAAAAAGAUAAAUUAAAUAUAUAAUUAUUUUGUCACCGAGUCAAAUUAAAGGAAUGAUUAUCUUUGUAAAAUUUAAUUAUUGACUUUUUGUUUUAUUCUUUUUUCCAUAGGAAUUAUAAACAUUUAGCAUUGUUUAAUUGUUUCAUUGAAAAUUAAUUUUUUAUUAUUAAUUAUCUGUGUAUUUAAAAUUACUUUUUCUGUACCAAAGAACUAUUUAAUUUGUAUAAUUAUUAUUUUUAUUACUUGUGCGUUAGUUUGUAAUAUAAUUGUAAUUUAAAUUAAUUAAUAAAUUUUACAAGUAUAGGUUUUAAUUAUUAUUAAAAAA